AUGUAAAAAAGUCUCAGUCCUCAAUCAGAAUAUUAUAAUAUUAGUCCAAGAGAAACUAAAUUACCUAAAUUUGAAUUUAAAUCUCCUUCCAACUUUAGAUUUGUGGUUUCAAGAACUAAAAACUCAAAUAAAACUGAUAUUGUUUCUGAUUCAUCUGAUGAAUCUAUACUUCCACCUUUAAUUUAUUUAAAAAUUAAGGAUAAAAAUUUAUAAAAGGAAAAACUAGAAAAAUGUGUAUUAAUUGGUAAUACGUUUCAUCAGAUACCAAAGAAAAUUAUAAAACCAAAAAUUUCAUAUUAACCUGACAUAUUCCCUUUAAAGGCUUUAAAAAAGAAAAUAGUAAAAUAAAAAUUUAAUGGAAUUUAUUUUGAAGGUGAAAGAUACUCUCAAGAUUAUGAUUUUUAACUAAAUUAUGCUAAUUUAAGAACCUAUUAUAAUACAAUAAAUUUAUCAAACAACUUCUAUGUUUAACCUACCAUUAAUUCUUAUAAAGCUUACAUAGGGAAAGGUAAUAAUGGACAAUUAGUUUAAUGGAUUUUAAAAAAAAGAUGGUGGUGGUCAGUUUUUGAAAAAGAAAGAGAUUAAGUUAACUUUUUAUGGUAAUAAUUGAGGAAUAAUUCUUAUAUUGAUACUAUACCUGAAUCUAAUUAAGAAAUAUUUUUAUAAUAUAGAAAUAAUAAUGAAUAAAACUUUAUCAUUUAAGAUAUUUAAUAUCAAAAUUUAUUGCCUAAUUAAUUAAGUUAUGAGUUGUAAAAAAUAAUAAAAAAAAGUGGGAAAAACUCUAAAAUCAUAUCAUAUGAUUAAGUAUAAAGAUUAUCUUAAAACAUAAGACUAUUUGAAGUUAAUAGUAAUACAAAACUACAUAAUCAUAUUUAAAAUAAUACUCAUUUAGGUAGUAAGAAAAAUCUUUUUUAUAAUAUGAAAAAAUAUUAUUAAGAGAAAGGUUUAAAUGUUUUUGAUUUUUUACCUUAAACAUAUCAUAUAAAAAAUAAAGAAGAUGUUUAAAUUUUUGUUUAAUAAAAUUAAAAUUAAUCUAUUUGGAUUGUUAAACCAGCAGAAUUUACUAAUAGAGGUCAUGGAAUUCAAAUAUUUGAGACAAUUAAUGAAGUAUAAAAAUAUUUAAGAAGUAUUCAUCAUCAUAAGAAUGGAGUAUAGUAAACUUUUAUUGUUUAAAAAUAUAUAGAAAAUCCAUUAUUGUAUAAUUAACGAAAGUUUGAUAUUAGAUGCUAUAUAUUAUUUACUUCAAUUAAUGGAUAAUAGAAAGGCUAUUGGUAUUAGGAUGGAUAUUUAAGAACAUCGAGUAUAGAAUUCAGUUUGAAUAAUUUAUCAGAUAAAUUAAUUCAUUUGACUAAUGAUGCUGUCUAAUAGCUAUCAGAUGAUUAUGGUAAAUUUGAAAAAGGAAACAAAGUUUCUUUUAAAGAGUUUAGUGAUAUUUUGCCUAUAGAUUUUUAUCAAACUAUUUACAUAUAAAUGAAAAAUAUAGCAUUAGAUUAAUUUAAAGCAACAUAUGGUAAAUUGGAUCCUAAGAGAAAAGAAAAUUCUUUUGAACUAUUUGGUUUAGAUUUUAUGAUUGAUGAUAAAUUUUAGGUUUGGUUGAUUGAAACUAAUACAAAUCCUUGUUUAGAAUGUUCAGGACCUUUAUUAAGUAAAUUAAUUCCCAAGAUCUUUUUAAACUUGUAUUAGAUCCACUGUAUCCUCCUCCUUAAUUUUAUACUUCAAAAAAGUUUAUAUAUAAUUCAUUCGAAAAUAAAUUUGAAUUAAUUUUUGAUUCAACAAUGUUGGAAUUACCAACUCUAAAUACAUAAGUCUUAAUUGAUGACCAAUGAAUUUAUUUUUUAUUUAACUUAUAUAUCAUAUUAAGUAGAAAUUACAUUAAUCGAUCAAAAUUUUUGUAAAAUAUUAUACUGUAUAUUUUUGCAAAAAAUUAAUUUUUAUAAAUGGAAGGAUAUUUAAAAUCAUAAAGAAUAGGUCCAACUUCUUUAACAUAAUAACUCACUUCAAAAUAAGAAUCAGCAUCAAAAAUAAUUUUAGAAGAUGAAAUUUAAUAAGAAAGUCAAAGACAUAUAAAUGAUAAUAAAAGCUUCGAUAUGAACAUGUCCAGGGCUGAAAGUAAAGUAAUUAUUGUAACUAUUGAAGUCUGAAUUUAGGAGAAAAGGACAAUAUGCGCUUAGAACGUUGAAAAUAUUUCAAACUUAGAAAUAAUCAAACUUCAUUCAGAAUUUUAAAUUGUAAUUACAUGUUCAUCGAUUUGCAAACAAUAUCUUUACAAAUUCAUAUAUUUUAAGGAACAAUUAGAAAUAGAAAAUCUCAGAUUAAUUAUUUGAAAAGCCUUUAAAUUCUUAGAAAAAAGGAAAUAGUAAGAUAAAUUUAUGAUUAAUUAUAGUUUAAGACUCAUAAUCAGGGAUUCCAAUAUUUUUACCUUCUACAAAUUUCAUAAUUAUUUGGGAUAUAUUUGGUUUUCUUAACAAUCUUUUAAUGCUUUGGCUUACACCUUUUUUAGGAUCAUUUAAUACUUAUUAAAACGAUAUUAUAUCAGCUCUAUAGUAGAUGAUUUUAAUAUUUCAAAUAAUUGAUUUUUUAAUUUAAUUCAAUAGAGGAAUAUUUAUUUCUGCUAUCCUUAUCACAAAUAGAAUGAAAAUAAUUCAAGAAUAUUUAAAAUCAAAUGCCCUAGCAGAUUUUUUAAGAGUUUUUAUAUGGUUAUGCCUAAAAUAUGAUAUGAUUAUCAUUGAAUUUUUAGAAAUUACUAUUAUCUUAGAAAUUAUAUUGAUCUAUUAGAAUAUUUAAAGAUAUCUUGCUGAAUAUUUUUAAUAUUUUUAUAUGAAAGGAGGUUAAAAUGCAAUUUUAGAUCUAAUUGAACUAAUUAUUUAAAUAUAUUAUUUUGCCCAUAUAAUUGCUUGUGUUUGGCAUUAUACUGGAGAGAAAACCAAAUAUUUAGGAACUUCUUGGUUAAUUCAACAUAAUUUAACAGAAUCUUCAUCUUGGCAUUAAUAUAAUGCAUCUUUUUAUUGGGCAACUAUGACAAUGACAACUGUUGGUUAUGGUGAUAUUUCUGCUUCAAAUUAAGUUGAAAUGAUUAUCUCAUCAAUUAUUAUGUUUUUUUCUAGUUAUGCUUUUGCUUAUACUAUGAGUUCUAUUGGAAUUAUUUUAAAAAAUCUAUAUGAUUCUAAAUAAACCUAUAAGUAAGAAUUAUUAAGUAAUUUAGAAAGAACUUAAUUUAAAUAACAUAAUAUAUGUAUAAAAAUCAAGUGGAUGAGAAUAUUUAAGGCAGAAUUAGAAAUUAUAUUAGAAUUCACGCUAAUUCUGAAAAAGGAGAAAAUUAAGCUGAAAUAGAUAAUAUUAUUAGUUUAUUACCAAACAAUUUAUAAAAAGAAUUAAAUACUGAUAUUUAGACAAGAGUUCUUAAAAAGAUGAAGCUGAUUAUAAAUCAUUUUACAAAAUUUACUUAACAAUAAGUAGCUAAAAAUCUUGAAUUAAUCUAAUUUUUACCUGGAGAUGUUAUAUAUAAAUAAGGAGACAUCAAUGAAGAUAAUUUGUAUAACUUAUAAUUAUACAUUUAGAUACUUUAUAUAAAAUGGAGAAGUCAAUCUUAUAGAAGUUUAGACUGAAAUUAAAUUAUUGAAUCUCAAGAGUAAUUAAUAUUUAGGUUAUUAUUCUUUUUUUACUGGAUUUUCUCCAAAAGAAACUGCAGUUAGUUAAGAUACAAGUUAGCUUUAUAGAAUAAGCAGAAAAAAAUUUUUAGAUAUUAUUAGACAAAAUCAAAAGGAUUUGGAGAUUUUUCAUCAUAUAAAAGAAAAAAUGAUUUUUAAAUCAAACUUUGUUUUAAUUGAUCACAAAUGUAAUUUUUGUAAUAGAUAUGUUCAUCAGGAAAUUGAUUGUCCAUUAAUUCAAUAUAAACCUGAUUUGGAAAGAGUAUUAAAAUAAGAUUAAUUCAAAGAAAAAUUAAACAUAAGAAGGUUUGUAUCAAGAAAAAAAUAAAAAAAUAAUUCUUUAGCUUAAAAAUAAUUGAUAGAAUAAACAUAAAAACUAUAUUAAGAAGAAAAUUUAUAAUAUGAAGAUUCAAUGUCUCAUGAUGAUUUAUAAAAUGAGAAAUCUGUCCUUUCAGACUAGUAAUUGUCAUCAUAAUAAAUGGAAACAAGUGAAAAAGAAAUAUAUGCAGAUUUUUAAGUUUCAAGAUAAAAUUAAAUAAAACUAACGUAGAAUCUUUAAAGAAAAUCAUAUAAAAGUAUCAUAUUUUUAAAUUAGAAUUAUCUUAUUCGAAAGUAAAAACAAGUUUUCAAGACUUAAAAUAAUCUUAGCUUAGAAUAGUAUUAUCAAAUGAUGAAAAUUUAGUUCCAAGAGAAUAUAAUAUGAUUGAAGAGUAAGAGAUAAAAUUUUAAAAAAAUUUAAAGGCAUCUUUUAAUAUUGAUUCAAUAUCAAUAAAGUCAUAGUAUUAUAUGCCUUAAUACUAAAUUGAAACUCAAAUAAAAUAAUAUUUAAAGAGCUAAAAAAAGAGAAACUAUAAAUUUUGGAAGAUAUAUGAAUAUUUAUAAAAAUAUACUUUUUCAAGCUUUGUAAAAGAUAUAGUAAUAAAGAUGAUGAAUUAGGGGAAAAACAUGUACAAUACUUUAAAUUAGAUGGAAUUCUGA